GCAACGACUACUAGCCAAUCAGAGGUAGAAAAGGACGGGUCAUGUCUUUACCAUCCUAAAAAACGCAAAUUUGCAAGCGGCAAGGACUAGUGGUGGUGGUAAAGUGGCUUGAGCAGCAGUCUAGCUACAUAUUUCUUGUAUUAUUUAGCUAGCAAAGAGGCUAGCUAAAUAAAGAGCAACUGGAGACUGAACAUGCCGCGGGAAAUCAUAACGCUGCAGCUUGGACAAUGUGGAAAUCAAAUUGGUUUUGAAUUUUGGAAGCAGCUGUGUGCAGAGCAUGGCAUCAGUCCAGAGGGGAUUGUUGAGGAGUUUGCAACUGAAGGGACCGACAGAAAGGAUGUGUUCUUCUAUCAGGCUGACGAUGAGCACUACAUCCCCCGCGCAGUUCUCCUGGAUCUGGAGCCGAGGGUGAUCCACUCCAUCCUCAACUCUCCUUAUGCCAACCUUUACAACCAAGAGAACAUCUACCUCUCUGAGCAUGGUGGAGGCGCUGGGAACAACUGGGCUAGUGGAUAUUCACAGGGCAAAAAAAUCCAAGAAGACAUCUUUGACAUCAUUGAUCGGGAGGCAGAUGGCAGUGACAGUCUGGAGGGAUUUGUCCUGUGUCAUUCCAUUGCUGGGGGGACUGGUUCGGGGCUGGGAUCCUAUCUGCUGGAGAAACUCAAUGACAGAUACCCAAAGAAGCUGGUGCAGACUUACUCUGUUUUCCCAAACCAGGACGAGAUGAGUGAUGUGGUCGUUCAGCCGUACAACUCGCUGCUCACACUGAAGAGGCUCACACAGAAUGCAGACUGCGUGGUGGUGUUGGAUAACACAGCUCUAAAUCGCAUCGCCACAGACAGGCUGCGUAUCCAGAACCCCUCGUUCUCCCAGAUCAAUCAGCUGGUUUCUACCAUCAUGUCUGCAAGCACAACCACCCUGCGUUACCCGGGCUACAUGAACAAUGACCUUAUUGGCCUGAUAGCAUCCCUCAUCCCCACACCCCGCCUCCACUUCCUUAUGACUGGGUACACUCCGCUUACUACUGACCAGUCGGUUGCUAGUGUGAGGAAAACCACAGUGCUGGAUGUGAUGAGGAGGCUUCUGCAACCCAAGAACGUGAUGGUGUCCACAGGAAGAGAGAGACAGCCGAGCCACUGCUACAUUGCCAUCCUUAACAUCAUCCAGGGAGAGGUCGACCCCACACAGGUGCAUAAAAGCCUCCAAAGGAUCAGGGAGCGCAAACUUGCCAGCUUCAUUCCGUGGGGUCCUGCCAGCAUCCAGGUGGCUUUGUCCAGGAAGUCCCCGUACCUGCCCUCGGCCCACCGAGUCAGUGGCCUAAUGAUGGCCAACCACACAAGUAUCUCCUCUCUGUUUGAGCGGACGUGCCGGCAGUAUGACAAACUGCGUAAGCGUGAAGCCUUCCUGGAGCAGUUCCGCAAAGAGGACAUAUUCAAGGAAAACUUUGAUGAGCUGGACAACUCUCGCGAAGUGGUCCAGCAGCUGAUAGACGAGUACAGCGCAGCCACACGGCCUGACUACAUUUCCUGGGGCUCGCAAGAACAGUGAACAGACUUUCUUUUGUCUUCUAUCUCAAUUACAACUCAGUCAACAUACAUGCUUAGCUAGUUUAUUCUAACUCAAUUUAAGUCCCUUCUUCAAAAAUAUUUUCUCCAACAUAUAGGUGUCCCAAAAUAGACAGGUAUUUGGCUAUAGCUGCUUCUCUGAAAAACUAUUUAUUGGCUUGUUAUAGCAUUUCAUAGUAUGUGUCUCAAAAUUGAUAAGAGACUGAGGGAUGACUGUUAACAGCCAAUUUUAUUAUAUUAACCAAAAAGUAAAAUGGACUGGACUGUGUCACAUCCAUGAGAUUCUCAAGCCCAGUUUAAAUAAAACAAUCCUUGCCCAACAGUCCAGUGAAGUGAAAGUAAGAGUACUUUUUUUCCUGCAAGUAUGUGCAGAAAGCAUCAAUAUAUUGUACAAAACAAUCUGUACAUUUCUGUUUAUGGUUGUUUUUAUCCUUUUUUCCUAAACUCAGCUUUCCCGUCUUUGUAGCCUAUUUCUUUCCAGCAAUGUAACCUGUUGCCUUUCUUUGGUCUAUUUUAUACCAUACUUAAGUUUUUGUGCAGUUGAUUUACAGUAAAACGUCCACUGUCUACAAAAUGAUUGCCUUGAAUAAUGGGAAUAGGAUUGCCAGAAUGUGUUGCGUGAUAUUUGAUGUAGGUUUUUUCAUCCUAUACAUUUCUGUCAUGGUUUUAUUGUACCUCUUUGUCUGCUGCUGAUACACUUUGCUCAUUUGUUACCGCUGUACAUGACCAACAAGAAUGUUGAGUGGAAGUUGGGCUUGAGCAAGAAGUGAUGUUAAAAUACCUACCAUACAAACGGCAUCAGUAUUUAACAGCAUUUGUCACAUACGAUAAAGUAACAGUUUGCACAGGUGAACAUGGAGUACAAGGAUGGAUCUCGUGUUAACACUUCAUCUCGGUGCCUGUAAAUAUACUUCAAGGAAUAGCUGUUUUACUGGUAUUCACGGUAUUGUCUAAAAAGAAUAUACUGUUCCAUGUUGCUUUGCGUGUUGGACCUGUUUGAAAGGAUGAAUAAACACAUUUUCUAUUUUCCAUUUGAAA